GAGCAGUGGUCGUCGCCUCUUUCUUGUUUCUGUCGAAGUCGAGCAGAUAUUGCUGGAUAUCUGACAUCUUCUCGUCGCGUCCGGGGUAUCGUAAUGUGUUGUUGGGUACCUCGAAAGCACGCGAUUCAGAAAGUUGCAGACUCCCGGCAAUGACGUUACGGAGUUGCGGUGCUGCUGAUUGGCCGGUAUCGGAUGGUGGGGCGGGUCGCGCAAAAAAAGUGAUGGGAAGUGUUCGGCAGUGAAGAAAAGAGCGUUUAAUUGCGCCAAUGUAAGAAGCUUGACUGGUCUUCGUGGUCCCGUGCAGUGAAAUAAAAUCGGACUUUGAAAACUCAUCUCUUGAUCUACUUGCACUGACGACUAUCACCCGCUGAGUCCCCAGACGUAUCCCCAAACAGCAAAGUUACCCCGCCAUGGCCGACGAUAAACCCAACUGCAAAGUUAUCCUCGCGAACAACAUCGCCAAGGGCCUUCUGGACGAAGUUCGCGAUGGUCUGAACAAGAUUCAACGCAAACCGCUCCUUGUCGGCUUUCUCUCCAGCGCUGAUCCUGCGGCGAGAGUAUACGCAGAAUGGACGGGCAAAACUUGUGUCGAAAAUGGCUUCGCAUUUGACCUCCGCGAAGUCGAUCGCGAACUUCUUGAGGACCGCCUCAUCGAAGCGAACAAUGAUCCUGCCGUUGACGGCAUAAUCGUUUACUACCCCAUCUUCGGCAACCGUCAGGACCAGUAUCUCCAGCAGAUUGUCUCUAUCGACAAGGAUGUUGAGGGACUAUCGCACCGUUACAUUUUCAACAUGUACCAGAAUAUUCGCUUCCUCGACCCUGCCAACACGAAAAAGAGUAUCUUGCCGUGUACCCCAUUGGCCGUGAUCAAGAUCCUCGAGUAUCUGAGGAUUUACAACACUAUCCUCCCGUACGGUAACAGGCUUCACGGACGCACUAUUACCGUCAUCAACAGAAGUGAGGUCGUAGGCAGGCCGUUGGCCGCACUACUGGCAAACGACGGUGCCCACGUAUACAGCGUGGAUAUUAGUGACGUGCAAGAGUUCACGCGAGGCGUUGGUCUAAGGAAGCGAAGGCACGAGGUGGUGGAGAAGCCUGGCUGGACUCUCAAUGACUGCCUCCCACUUAGCGAUGUAGUCAUCAGCGGUGUACCUGGAGACAAGUACAAAGUCCCGCUGGAGUUGAUGAGGGACGGAGCUGCAUGCAUCAACUUCUCCAGUGAGAGGAACUUUACACCAGAGGUCAAAGAAAAGGCCUCGAUCUACGUUCCUGCCAUUGGCAAGGUCACCAUUGCAGUGCUCUUGAGAAACUUGUUGCGCCUCACUCAAAACAAAAUCGAUGCUGCCGCUCAGGGAGUGGAAGAGAAGUCUUCAGUGGAACCAGUCAUUCAAUCGACUGCAUAGACAUGCCUGGUCCAUUUCUUUUGUCCUGUUUUCAUGUUGAUACCCUAUAGAAGGCACAUAUGCCAAAAUAAAAGCUGUUCGUCAUGUCAUUCUUCUUCCUUUUGUAGCUGUACAUGCUCAAUAUCAUACAAUACGAAAAGGUAUUGGCUUUCGCCUAGUGAGACUAUUUCGUAGAAGCAAAGCCAUCGUAUUAAAUUCGGG